AUGGGCCCUCUCAUCCAGUCAAUUGGCGAGGAUGGCCCUCGUAGAUUAAGAAUCCCUGCACACUCAACUGUCAGAGAGGCGUGUAACACUGCAGGAUGGACUUUGCCUUCUCCACGAUCAGAUUCAGAGAUAACACUUCAUGCUUACCUCACCACCAUUGAUAACCCCUUCCACUCGGUAAUAGAGGAUCGCUACUCUUGGGUUACUGCUGGCUGCAGGGGAAGCUAUUCUUCGAGCAAAACUUGGGACAUACUUAGACCUCGACGGCCUAUACAACCCUGGUCUAAGAUCAUCUGGUUCAAGGGAUCAGUUCCGAAGCACGCUUUCAAUAUGUGGGUUUCUCAUCUGGACAGACUGCCUACUAGACAAAGACUUGCUGAUUGGGGAAUGAACAUCCUUAAUGUUUGCUGCAUCUGCUCUUCAUUGCCUGAGACAAGAGAUCACUUACUCCUCUCCUGCAACUUUGCAGUUCAAAUCUGGAUUCAGGUAUUCAUAAGGGUGGGAUCUCCUCCUACACUGCUGUUCCAGUGGUCAGACUUAAUCAACUGGCUGCAGGAACCUCAAUCGCGAGAGACAAAAGUGCUCCGUCUCUUAGCCUCUCAAGCUGUGGUGUAUUGUAUUUGGAAGCAGCGUAACAACCUUCUCCAUAACAAUACAAUCAUCCCUGCCUCCACUGUCUUCAAAGAGAUAAACAGAACAAUCAUCAACACGAUUCUUGCUAGGAAAGGACGGCGUCGUUUUCAUAACCUCUUGCAACACUGGCUGAUCUAA